UUUAGAAAGUAAAUGAGUUCAAAGGGCUCCUGGGCGUAUUUCACGUGUCUUCCUUUGCCAUUGUGAGGCGACAGUGCCAGUCAAGCUAGUCCCGGAGAGGAGACCGGGAUACAGAGCCCGCAGCACGCGCACUCACACUUCACUCCUGCUUUAACUUCAGGGAGCCGAGCAAAGUGGGUGUGAACAGCUUUGUAACUCACGCUGCAGGUUGGAUUUGUAUUCCACAACUUUCUGCUAUAGGUUUCUUGACUGAUCUCCUUGCUUUCAUCCUGCCUCACCAUGAAUACCAUCGCUUACAUAAUGCAGGAGCUGCGUGACUAUUGGGCAGACCAUUUCUCAUGCAGAUUUCUACCUAAGAGGCCUCCCCUUCGCCGAAUCACCUCCAUUUCCACUUUCUACCUCCUGGACCACAGAACCCGGCAGGCUGAACUAGGUUUGGAUUACGGCCGUCCGCGGGCUCAGCUGAGUGAUGCCAAGUUUGUCUUCCAGGAUGGCAAAUGGCAAGGCGAGAGUGGCCUCUCUCAUCGGCCGCCACUGCUGCAGUUAUUCUCCUCCCAUGACCGGGAGCAGUCCUGUAAAGUAAUGAAGAAGGAGAACAAGGCUCUCCUGGAGGAGAACAAUUACCUGAAGCUGCAGCUCGAGCUGCUGAUGGACAUGCUGACAGAGACCACGGCCCGACUGCACGUGGUGGAGAAAAAGAUGGACAUCCCUACAUGGCAUACCAAGAUGAAGAAGCCAAAUAAGGUGUUGAUGCUUAAGUCCUAGCAGGAACCUUGGAUGCAAGACC